AUGCCGCCCCAGGAGACAGACCAGCUGGAGGAGGAGAAAGCUGAGCUGGAGUCGGAGAUUGCCGAGCUGCAGAAGGAGAAGGAGCGGCUGGAGUUUGUCCUGGUGGCCCACGCCCCCGCCUGCAAGCUCCCCUUCGAGGAUGUCGGCUCCUUGGGUGCCGGCCCCGCCGAGGUGAGCACCCUGGGCAAGGAAGAGCCGGCGGGGACCGUCGCCUUCCUACCCCCGGGUCCGUUCCAGCCGAGCACCCAGGGCCCCUUCCCCAGCUGCUGCUUCGCGCCCGGGGUCCCCUCGGGGCCGCCUAACCCAUCCUAUACGUCUUCGUUUGUGUUCACCCACCCAGAGGGAGCCACCUGCGGAGCCUCGCAUCAGCGGAGCAGCAGCAGCGACCAGUCCUCGGACUCCUUGAAUUCUCCCUCGCUCCUCGCGUUGUGA